AUGUCGAGCCCGAACGGGGGCCUGGCCAAAGCGCCGGCCACUCCGAUCAGCAGCACCAUGCCCGAGCUCGAUCCAGAGACGGAAGAGCUGUGGAGUUCGAGGGCGUUGUUACUGGUACGUUCAUCGGCUGGGUUCUGGGCGAUCCGCUGUCGCAACGGCGCAGACGGUCAGCCGCAGCACACGCUGCGCAGUCCAGCCGACCCGGCGACUGGACAACAGAAACACAUCGUGCAUCUGCACUUGCUGUUCACCCGGUGAGCAGUGUUCGUCUGGCCCAGCAUGCCUGACCUCCGCUCUGUCCCCAUCUCCCCUCCUCCUGCUCCCGCUCAGGUGCUCUUGCUCCUCAUCCUGUCCUUUUGGGUGUCGUACUACCUCAAGAUUCGAAGGAUUCGCUCCAUCCAUGAAACUAUCGUUGCCAUGUUUGCCGGUCAGUUCAACAGCAUCAUCGCCAGCUACAAGCUACAAGCUACAAGCUACUUUCGCUUUGCCGCUUCCUGACUGCGACCCCACAUGAUCCCCUCCGCAGGCAUGUGUGUCGGUCUGCUCGUACGACUCGCACCGGGCAACGUCAUCCAGACCAUGAUCUCGUUCAAGAGCACCAUCCUGCUCAACGUACUGCUCCCACCCAUCAUCCUCAACUCGGGCUAUCAGCUCAAGCAGGUUCGUCGCCUCCGUCGUUCAAGAUAAUGGCUUGCAGAUCUAAUCCCUGACGUGUCUUGUGGCCAACAGGAAAACUUCUUCCGCAACUUUGGCGUCAUCAUCACCUUUGCUUUCGCCGGGACCUUUAUCUCGGCCGUCGUACUCGGGUCAGCCUUGUGCUUCGCCUCGGCCACCCGCAAAGAUAUUGGGCUCACCCCCCUCUCCUCCGUUCUACAGAGUCAUCGUCUACAUCUAUUCGCUCCUCGGACUCGAAGGUCUAUCCUUGAACAUCAUCGAAUGUCUCCAGUUUGGUUCGACCCUCUCUGCCACGGACCCGGUCACGAUUCUGGCCAUCUUCAACGCGCUUCACGUCGACCCCAAGCUCUACUCGGUCAUCUUUGGCGAGAGCAUCCUCAAUGACGCCGUCGCCAUCGUCAUGUUCGAGUGAGUGGUCUGCAACGGGUCCAAAGUCUGCUGCGUUCUAGAGCUGAUUCAACAAUCGCGCGGCCGCGCACAGAACGCUGUCCCAAUUUCACGGAGAAAAGAUCCAUGUGCUCUCCUUCUUCCACGGCGUCGGCAUUUUUCUGCUCACCUUCUGCGUGUCCAUGUUGCUCGGUGUCGUCUUUGGUCUGGCGUGCUCGUUGAUGCUCAAGCAUUCCGAGUUGGGUCCGUUGAACGGAGCUCUGACGGCGCUGCUGCAGCGCGCGCUGACCUUUUGAGAGUUCAUUCGCGCACAGGUCGCUACACGGAAAUCGAGAGUUGUCUCGUCUUCUUGAUCGCGUACACGAGUUACUUCUUCUCCAACGCCGUGACGAUGAGUGGUCAGUUUCUUCGCAUCAGACUCAUCACAUCGCUGGCUAUGCAGGCUGAAACCGUGAUGUAUGCGGCAGGCAUCGUCUCUCUCCUUUUCUGCGGCAUCACGCUCAAGCACUACGCGUACCACAACAUGUCGCAUCGGACCCAACGCACGUCGCGUUACAUGUUUGGCUCGCUCGCGCAACUAAGCGAGAACUUUAUCUUCAUCUACCUCGGACUGAGCUUGUUCACCCAAACGCAGCUCGUGUACAAACCCAUGUUCAUCCUCGUCACUGCAGUGAGUGCUGUGUCCUGUCCCUAUAAUUUCAAAACGUAGAGGACUGACCCUAGUGGUGUGCAUGCUCGCGCAGUUCGCCGUUUGCAUCGCUCGUUACUGCGCCGUCUUCCCCAUCUCCAAAGGCAUCAACGUGUUCUUCAAAGCGCGCGGCAACCGAGCCGACGAGCUGCCUCACUCGUACCAGAUGAUGCUCUUCUGGGCCGGGCUCCGAGGAGCCGUCGGUGUCGCUUUGGCCGAAGGGAUGAAAGGACCCAACGCCAUCGCCUUACGAACGACAGUGCUGGUCUCGGUCGUGUUGACCGUCGUCGUCUUUGGUGGCACGAUCGGGAGGAUGAUUGAAAUUCUCGGCAUUCGAACGGGCGUCGAGGAUGAUGAUCCCGAGAGCUCGGACGAUGAAGGUGGAACUGGGUACGCCAUAACCAACAAUGGGGAAGGCGAUAUCGAGGGAACUCGAUCCGCAGCUGGAGGGAACAAGACCGCCGGAUUGGCAACUCACAAAGCGAGGAGGAGUCUGCCGAAUAGUCGCAAGUUUGGUGGUAAUGGGCAUGCAGGACGCAAUGGCGAGGAGGAGGGGGUGGUGUCGGCGAUGGAUUCGCCGUACAGUGAUCGGAUGGCAUUGAAGUCGCUGUCUUCCACCACACCACCUUCUUCAGUACCCAGGAUGGGGACGUUGCAUCCGCAUGGAUCGUUCAAAGGACCCUCAUCGCCUUCCCAUUCGUCACGGGACAGCGCUUCGGAUUCGGAAGGGGACGUCUUGCCUUCGGUGUCCAAAGCUGGGACAGGGGCCGCCGCCGCUGCAGGGGAAGGGGACAACACGCGAGUAUGGAGGGACGGUCAAUGGUUCACCGUGCUGGACGAACGCUACCUCUUGCCCGUAUUCUCCAACGCCACUGCAAGUCGUCGACAAGCGACCAAGAAGGCGAUCCUGCGCGAGAAGAGGAAAUCGCUCGUCACCCUCGAAGGGAUGGACGACUACGUCGAAGAAGGCAAUGGAUCCCCCUCCCAACCUGGAAGUCCUUAUCUCGUUUCGCCCUCGGCGAGAAGUGGAGGACCGUUGGACAAGUUGAGGCAUCAAGCACCGACCGAUUUCACGGGUUCGUUUUCGGACAUCCUCUCGUCGCUUGUUUCGCCGGGGUCGGCGACGUUCCCUGUUAAUCAGAAGAGGAGGGCGUCGUUUUCGGAAGCCGAAGGAAAUGAGGCGGAGUUUUAUCAGGGUCAACCGACAUAUCAUUCGACAAUCACCUUGGGAACAACUUCAUCCUCUCGAACAUCGGCACCAAUUCGGCCGCGAGUGACAGGAUCCCUCUCGGGUGCGUCGAUCUCGGAACCUUCUUCAAUGACGGCGACGGGGAGAGCACCAUCACCUGCGAAUGGGGGAGCAGGGACGGGGACGGGGACAAGCUCGACGCCUGUGAUCCCUUUCUCGAGGGGUGUGAAGGGUACGAGCGACAGCUCGACGGGGAGUACGAAUAGUGGGAGUCAGACGCCGAAACGAUGA